UUAAUUUCUGUAUUUAUAUAAAGCUGGAGAAUUGCAUUUCCAAAAAUAACUACAUCAUUCCCCUUCUUGUAAUAAUUUUUAUUCUUUUACUGUUACAUCGUUGUGCAGAGUGGCAUUAAUCCACCUUAAAUUCUAUUUAUUUAUUUAUUUUUUCAUAGUGAAUAAGAAAUCAGAAAAGUAAUUAUAGAGCGUCGCAAGAAGGUUGCUUUCUGGAAUCCUAGGAUACGGAAGAGAAGGAAAGUGUCAAUAAAUCAAGCCCAAUUCCUAUCGCCAGACCGAAUUGAGAAAUUCAAUAAGGACUAUAACCCAGGCUCUAUCCUCUUUGGCCGUGGAUAUUCGCAUCAAAGGGAAGGCAGUAGGGUUGAAACAGACUCAUCGAUUGGCUUUCUGAGGCUGGCUGCAUGGCUAUAUUGGCUAAUUUUGUAUAGAUGGAAGAUUCUAUUUGCCUACAAAUCCUGCAUAUACGUCAAAUAUUUGCUGGCGACUGACCCUCCCCUACAUUCAUCAAUGGUAAAGCGCAAAGCCCCUCACCGUCCAAUUAUAUCUUAUAGGCCUAUUCGACCAUCAGAUUUAGAGGUUCUUGAAAAAAUUCAUGGCGAUCUGUUUCCUAUCAGGUAUGAAUCUGAAUUUUUCCACAAUGCUGUCUAUGGUCGUGAUAUUGUGUGCUGGGGAGCUGUUGAUCGCAGUCGGCCUGAUGCUCAGAGCAAUGAGCUUAUUGGAUUUGUUACAGCCAGAAUUGUUUCAGCAAAAGAAAGUGAGGUAGAAGAUUUUAUCAGUUCUGAUUCAUCAAAACCGGACCAAACACUAAUAUACAUCUUAACGCUGGGAGUCAUAGAAUCUUAUAGAAAUCUUGGAAUAGCUAGUUCACUUAUCCACAAGGUCAUAAAUUAUGCCUCAAGUAUCCCAACUUGCUGCGCUGUUUAUCUGCAUGUGAUUUCAUAUAAUAAUGCGGCCAUCCAUUUGUACCAGAAAAUGUCCUUCCAGUGCGUACGACGGUUGUACAAUUUUUACUUUAUCAAUGGGCAGCAUUAUGAUUCAUAUAUGUUCAUCUACUACGUAAAUGGUGGUCGAUCUCCUUGCUCGCCCCUAGGGCUUGUUACGCUGUUGGUAACGUAUGUGAAGAGAGGAUUUAACUUGAUGGUUUCAAAGCUGUGGAAAAAUGAAGACAAGAAGAUUUCAAAAUGGCCCACGAGCAAAGAAUCCGGUUACCUUCUCCCAGUGGUUCAAAACAAGAGAGAGCUCACAGCUUAAGAUAUGCAUCUUCGAUAUUUCUAGUUGCCCAUUGUGAUGCGUGAUUUUACAGAGGAAUAAGGUCAUAACUAAAUUUUGAGUCUUCUGUAUUAAAGUACUGUGGCAUGGAGACGCUGCUGCUGGAUAAGUUAGCGAAUAUGUUGUAUAUUAGAAGUUCUGAGUAGGGUUAUAUCUCAUACCUUUAAAUCUUUGUUUGUUUGAAAUUGGAAAGGAUACAAGAAUGCAUGUCUUUAUUUAUAUUUGGGUUACUUUUCAUAUUAAGGUUGAAUUUUAAAAUGUUAUCUUA